UGUCUCUUCUCGGUUUUCUUCUCUCUCUUAUUCAAGACUUUAAAAAGCUAUCUUCAAUUCUUCCGCUGGUCGUGUCCUUAUUAUACAACUCUACGCCUAUUAGUUAGUGUCACCGUUCCUCAGCCCACCUUCGCCUCUUCUUCCAAGAGCCGUUCUACCCGAAUCACACCAAGAAAUACCGACUACCCGAACAGAUCGACAAGAUGGUCAACCGCUACAUCUUCGCCGUUGCCGGCCUGGCCGCUCAGCUCAACGCUCUGCCCUUGAACAUCAACUUGGGCGCUUAUUCACCUGCCUUGGUGGUGGGUGAUGGUGAAAUUUCAUUUGGCGGUAGAAACGACGUCUCCCAGUUGAUGAACGUACUGGAGGGCGCCGCAGUUAAUGCUGCUCAAGGUGCUGCGAAUGCUCCGGCCGCCGCCCCAGCCGCUCCCGCGGCACCUGCCACCCCGGCAGCCCCUCAGCAGCCUGCUCAGCAAGCCGCUGCUUCAGUCGGAGGUGCUACGCCGGUGACUGCUUCGUCCGCGGACAACCAGAUCAACGAGGCCCAGGCCAUCGCAGCCCUCCAAGGAAUGGGCAAAGAGAUCGCUCCCCGUGUACAGCUCACCAAGGCCCGUCCCGCCGAGAAGCGAGAUCUCUCCGGUUUCGAUCGCGCUCUGAAGUACGCUGAGGCUGCUCUCGUUAAGGGACCCAAGGUUCAGCUUGGCACUGGCAAGGAGGGCUCUGGUGUCGGCAUGAUCAUCGACAACAACCAGCAAGCAGCAGCUCGCCCUGGAACCGGAGGCGCCGCUGAGGCCGCACCCGCUACCCCCGCUGCACCCCGCCCUGCCGGCGCUAUUGUUGCUCAGCAGAAGGUCAAGGCCCGCUCCGAUGAGGCCCAGCAGCCCCCUCGCCGCCGUGCCAAGGUCACCACCAUGUACGUUCGCUCCGGCGUUCCUGCUGGCGUCGAGAUGACCCCUGAGAAGCUCGUUGCCCGCGAUCCUUCCGUCCCCGUUUCCCAAGUCGUCCCCGCCACCAACAACAACGUCGUCAAGCGCGCAGUUGAGGAGCUUAACGCACGAGGCGUCAGCGGCGGUGCCAUUGACACCGUCAACCUGAACGUCAGCGGUGAGGGCGUCACCAUGACUUUUGUCGAGACUCAGGCCGACGAUGUGGAGGACGAGCAGUAGAUUGCUCUUCUCGCGUGUGUGUUUCUGGAAACCCAAAAAGAGUUUAUUCAACCAAACCCCCCAAAAUUGAGAACGUUGCCACGAUUUGUUUCUUCUCCUCCUUAACUCAUUC